GAAAGAGAGAUGAACGAUUCCAAAUCUUGGUGGUGUCCGACGCUACAACGGAGGUAUUUUUGGAUCUUCAGAACGGAAAGCGGUUUUCGUAACCGAAAAUUACUUACUAUUAAUCUUCAUCAAUAUCGAAUACAACAAGAUCGGUGGCGAAAAGAAUAUGGAUUCUAGACUGUUGAUGGUUGGUUGUUAACCCUCGCAUUUGGAGGUAGAUUCAAUCGGUUUGUUCUUCUUAUAAUCUUCUUCAGCACAUUAAAAUUUUCAGGAAGAUGUUUGGUGGUGAUACCGGUAAUCCCAUCUUCCCUACUUUCCUUGAGGACAACUGCUUUCAGUAUGACUGCAGCACAGCUGAUGCCAACACUCAGUUGCAGUUAUUUGGGAACUUCCCAGCUGGUUGUAGUGUUGAUCCAGUGAGCUGUGUUGGAAAUGAGCAUAUCACUGCUAUGAACCGCCCAGCCAAACGGGGUAGGGAGGGAGAAGACAUUCUGAGGCAGCAGAGGCUUCAAAUCUCCCUAAACACUAACUUUUGUCAAGAUGAGGCUGAUCAGUCUCCUAGUUUUCCUAACCCAAACCCUGUAUCAACUGGGCUGAGGUUGUCAUAUGAUGAUGAUGAAAGGAACUCCACUGUUACUUCCGCAAGUGGAAGUAUGGCAGCAGCCCUACCUGUCAUCUCAUCCCUUGGUGACAAUCUCCGAACUGAGAUUGAUAGGCAGAAGGAGGAGUUCGACCAUUAUAUCAGAGUUCAGGAACAACACCUUGCAAAAGGAGUCAGGGAGAUGAAGCAGAGACACACGGCUUUGUUCCUGAGUAGAAUAGAGAAAGGAGUCGGUCGGAAGCUACGUGAGAAAGAGAUUGAGAUAGAGAACAUGAAUCGGAAAAACAAGGAAUUGAUGGAGAGAAUAAAGCAUGUGGCCAUGGAGGCGCAGUCCUGGCACUACAGGGCAAAGUACAAUGAGUCAGUGGUCAAUGUUUUGAAGGGCAACCUCAAGCAGGCCAUUGCACAGGGUGCUGACCAAGUGAAGGAAGGUUGUGGAGACAGUGAAGUAGAUGAUGCAGCCUCAUACAUAGAGCACAAUAACCGACCAGGUGUUCCAGGUGGGCUGGGGAACCCAGUCUCUAGAAACCGAGGAUUGAAGGAGCAGAUGAGUUGCAGAGCAUGCAAGUGCAAAGAGGUAUCCAUCUUGUUGUGGCCUUGUAGGCAUCUUUGCUUAUGUAGGGAUUGCGAAGGGUUUACCAAUGUCUGCCCUGUGUGCCAGUCGGCGAAAACCUCAAGCGUUCAGGUAUAUAUGUCCUGAGAUUGGACCAAUUAUAUGUAGAAUCUCCAGAAAAAAAAAUUAUUUCUUUUUCUUUUGUUCUGGAGUUUGACUAUUAUCCGUGAUAUGUGGAUUGUGGAGGAAUCACUUUGCGUUCCCAUGUAUUUUUAGCUGUGUCAAGGCAUUUGCUCUUAGUCUUGGAUGCUGUUUCCAUUCAAUCCUCACUCCAUGGUUGAAGUGGAGAAGUUGUUGACUAAGUUGAGCCUGCCUUCUGGCACUGUGGUUGCGGUAACCAUUUUACAUAUUUGGUCGUUGGGAUAUUGUACAAGAACAAAUAUCAUGUCAGUGAACUGUAUACAAAAUUACAAAUUCUAUUUAGUACAGGUGAUGUUAUCUACAUC